GCAGGUCGCCGCUUUGCCAAGGCAACCCAAAGCCGCUGCUGUAACCGUCCAGAUACCUUGUCACUUCACUGUACAACAAUAACAACCUCGCUGGAAAAACAACAGACACAAUUCUCCCAAACACCGGCAGAACUUUAACCAACAGAAAAAUGCCACUACGUUUCAAGGGCAUCAGUGAGUACAAGAAGACAUUUAGACACCGAGCCGCUACCCGCUCCAGAAGCGCCUCUCCUCAGCGACGGAUGCGCUUAGCUGGACUUCGAUCUGACCAGAUGGGUAUCAGUAGAGAGCCUCAGUUUCUGUCCAAGAGGAAGGUGCCCUCCUCCCACUCGCCCCAGGUGUCCAGCUCCUUCCAAUGGAACCCCACCACCACAGAGCCCCCACAGAGACGGGAUGAGACCCCCAGACCUGGUACCUCUCCCCUGGCUCCUACCCCAGAGAGAGUCCACACCCCUCUGGCCCCUAGGGGUCCCCUUCCUCCAGGGGACCCCCAACGAGGCCCGACCACUCUUCAGGGCCAGAUCCACACCCGGAGCCCCCUGGCUACUGUAGAGAGACAGGACCAAGCUUUCAAUGGGGUGGACUAUGUGUUGAGGAGGAAGGCGGGGCUGAAGUCGUCUGGACAGAGGACCGGACUACAGAACUCAGAGUACAGGAAGCAGUUCCCGUGGAAGACACCUGUAGCUGGCCACGCCUCCCCACUGCUGGCUGCAGAGCAGAUGCUGUACACCAGCCACCGUUCCAUCCCUCCUUUCAAGUCUAACCCGGUGGUGGUGUUGGAGAGCGAGUACAGCAGGAACUUUAAAGCCUUUCCACCUCCCAGAGGACCACGGCUACGCAGCGACGUAGACCAGCUGCCUCUGUUCCAGAGAGAGAACGUUUCACCCGAGAAGGCAUCCAAGAGCAAGUGGAAGAAGAAGAAGAGGGAAGAGAGAGAGUCCAGCGUCAUAGAGGAGAACAUUCCAGUUGCACAGCCUCGGGAGCAGCAGGCGGACCAGGAAGUGAAGUCACACAGCCCCCAGAAGGCACAUCUUCCCCACAGAAAGGUGAAAUCAGAGUAUAAUGCCAACUUCCGCUCUCCACUGAACUACAUAUAUAAGGACGGCGCCUGGGUCAAGGCUUCCACACUAGGAGAGGAGGUGCGAGAGCUUCGUAAGAAGGCGGAGGCCUACAGACAGAGGGCGUGGGGGACCCAUUUCUCCCGCCUCCACCUCAACCAGAUCCUGUCGGACCAGAACCAGCUGUGGGAGGCCUCCACCCCUUCCUCCUCUAACCGCAGCUCUGGGACAGGUUCUGGGGACGGGGAGGAAGACAGGAGUCCUACCCCCCAGGCUCUGGAGCUCGCUAGGGUUGACAGUAGCUCCAGCUCCGUAGCCGGACCCCCUCCCCUCACCCCCGUGUCCAGUAGAAGGAGCUCCACCCGGGGGGCUGGGGACACAGCAGACCCCCCUGGUCACCCUAACUCUGGAGCCCCUAACCUACCUGUUCAGAGGAGACUAGCCUGGGAGGAGGAGACAGGGGCUGGGGGUGGAACUGGGGAGGAGAGAGAGGAAGAAGAGGACAAGGAGAGAAAGGAUGAGAGAAAGGAGAGAAAGGAUGAACUGAGGGUGCUGGACCAUCGUUCGUCGUCUGUAGCAGACUCCCACAGGUCCAGAGAGGGUGGCAGGAUGCCCACACCCACGCUGCAAAGGAUCGCUACUGUUCAGAGAACUCAUCACGACCUGACGACUCCAGCCACUGGUAACCUAGCAGAUACAGUGCCUUGCGAAAGUAUUAUAAACAACCACAUAUCACAGUCAAGAUCAAAUCAUGGUUCAUUACUUCUGUUCUGUGUUGAAUUGAAGAAAAAAAAAAACUUUAUUGAUCCACAGAGGGUAAACGUGAUCACCUUGUCUAAUGUCUUGUCAGGAGGUGCUAUCCUGGUGUCUCCUCCUAAGAUGGAGGCUAACGGCUGGGCGAAGAGAAGUGAACCUCCGUUGGGUAAAACCCGUUCCCCAUUUAAACCCCUCUCUCUGGCCUCGCCACAACGAGCAGCCAGACAGAAUGAGGAGCGGAAUCAUCCCCAGUCCUCUCCUGCAGCAGGGGUGACUACUGUGGACCCCCUCCCCCUGAGAGAGGACUCCUGGUCGGGGGAGACCUCUCCGGAGAACCCCCCUGACCCUCCACCGGAGGCCAAAGCCUCCCGUAAACGCACGACCAGCGGACAACCCGACGCCGCCGUCCCGGCACCUGUUAACCGCAUCCAGGGGACGCUCAGAGACCCAGAGUUCCAACAUAACGGUCAUUUAGGCCUGAGGACGUCUGAGCUGCUGCUGUGUCCUGGUGGUGGCUGUGGAACUGAUGAUGAAGAUGACAGGAUGUCCCAGAUCUCAUCCAGGUCAGCAGCGUCCUGCUCUAUGGCCUCCCAGGUCCUGGACCGAGCCCAGAGGAGGAAGGAUGACUUCUGGGGGAAGAGAUAACAGGAAGCACUGCCCCCCCCUCACAAUGCAUUCCAAAUGGAACCCUAUUCCCUAUGUAGUGCACUACUGUUAAGAGGAGGAAGGACCACUUCUGGGGGAAGAGAUAACACCAUUGACACACACUAUGUGCUAAACAGCACCCUAUUCCCUAUGUAGUGCACUACCUUUGUCUCUGAGGGAGGAUAUGACAACACUGACACACAGCACAGUCUGAACCACCAUGUGUCCCAAAUGGCACCAUAUUUACCUGACCAUAUAGUACCCUGUUUUAUAACAGAAUGGAGUACACUAUAGUAGACUGGUUUAUAGCAGAAUGGAGUACACUAUAGUACCCUGUUUUAUAACAGAAUGGAGUACACUAUAGUAGACUGGUUUAUAGCAGAAUGGAGUACACUAUAGUAGACUGUUUUAUAACAGAAUGGAGUACACUAUAGUAGACUGGUUUAUAACAGAAUGGAGUACACUAUAGUAGACUGUUUUAUGGCAGAAUGGAGUACACUAUAGUAGACUGUUUUAUAGCAGAAUGGAGUACACUAUAGUACCCUGUUUUAUAACAGAAUGGAGUACACUAUAGUAGACUGGUUUAUAGCAGAAUGGAGUACACUAUAGUAGACUGGUUUAUAGCAGAAUGGAGUACACUAUAGUAGACUGUUUUAUAACAGAAUGGAGUACACUAUAGUAGACUGGUUUAUAACAGAAUGGAGUACACUAUAGUAGACUGUUUUAUGGCAGAAUGGAGUACACUAUAGUAGACUGUUUUAUAACAGAAUGGAGUACACUAUAGUAGACUGGUUUAUAACAGAAUGGAGUACACUAUAGUAGACUGUUUUAUGGCAGAAUGGAGUACACUAUAGUAGACUGUUUUAUAACAGAAUGGAGUACACUAUAGUAGAAUGUUUUAUAACAGAAUGGAGUACACUAUAGUAGACUGGUUUAUAGCAGAAUGGAGUACACUAUAGUAGACUGUUUUAUAACAGAAUGGAUGGAGUACACUAUAGUAGACUGAUUUAUAACAGAAUGGAGUACACUAUAGUAGACUGAUUUAUAACAGAAUGGAGUACACUAUAGUAGACUGUUUUAUAACAGAAUGGAGUACACUAUAGUAGACUGAUUUAUAACAGAAUGGAGUACACUAUAGUAGACUGAUUUAUAACAGAAUGGAGUACACUAUAGUAGACUGAUUUAUAGCAGAAUGGAGUACACUAUAUCCAGACUACUAGACUGAAUCUGGGUUUAUAUAACCAGACUACUAGACUGAAUCUGGGUUUAUAUAACCAGAGUGUCCAGACUACUAGACUGAAUCUGGGUUUAUAUAACCAGUGUCCAGACUACUAGACUGAAUCUGGGUUUAUAUAACCAGAGUGUCCAGACUACUAGACUGAAUCUGGGUUUAUAUAACCAGAGUGUCCAGACUACUAGACUGAAUCUGGGUGUAUAUAACCAGAGUGUCCAGACUACUAGACUGAAUCUGGGUGUAUAUAACCAGUGUCCAGACUACUAGACUGAAUCUGGGUUUAUAUAACCAGAGUGUCCAGACUACUAGACUGAAUCUGGGUUUAUAUAACCAGAGUGUCCAGACUACUAGACUGAAUCUGGGUUUAUAUAACCAGUGUCCAGACUACUAGACUGAAUCUGGGUUUAUAUAACCAGUGUCCAGACUACUAGACUGAAUCUGGGUUUAUAUAACCAGACUACUAGACUGAAUCUGGGUUUAUAUAACCAGAGUGUCCAGACUACUAGACUGAAUCUGGGUUUAUAUAACCAGAGUGUCCAGACUACUAGACUGAAUCUGGGUUUAUAUAACCAGAGUGUCCAGACUACUAGACUGAAUCUGGGUUUAUAUAACCAGAGUGUCUGGGAUACCCUCCCUAUUUGUAUGAAUUUAGUUCAGAUGUUUUGUAAUAAUGUAUUGAAUGAAGUGUAAAGAACUAGGUUUGUAUUUAUUUUUAAAUGAUUUUGUUUUAUUACAUGGAGAACCACUUUUUUAUUGUAAUGAAUCUUUUUACUGUAUUAUCGAUAACUUAUAUUUUUACUGUAUUGUCUAACUUAUCGUUACUGUAUUAUCGAUAACUUAUAUUUUUACUGUAUUGUCUAACUUAUCGUUACUGUAUUAUCGAUAACUUAUAUUUUUACUGUAUUGUCUAACUUAUCGUUACUGUAUUAUCGAUAACUUAUAUUUUUACUGUAUUGUCUAACUUAUCGUUACUGUAUUAUCGAUAACUUAUAUUUUUACUGUAUUGU